AUGGUUUUGGCUUCAGAGGAACAUUCUCGGGUAACUGAAGGCUUGGGAGAUCAAACUGGGAUGCGUGAGUUUCAGUCUCUGGUUUCGGAUUGUGAACUCACGGAUAUGUUUUAUAACGGCCCUCUUUUUAUUUGGUGGAAUCACCAAGAUGGAGAUCCCAUUGGCAAGAAACUUGAUAGAGCCAAGAUAAAUAGGGUAUGGUGUGAUACAUAUCCACAAUCUUUUGCGAACUUUGAAACAAAUGGAAUUUCUGAUCAUGCUAGAUAUGUGGUGAAGAUUGAGGAAGGCGUGCAGGAGAAGAAGCACCAUUUCCAAUUCCUUAACUACCUAGCUGAUCAUCCACAGUUUAUUGAUAUUGUAUCAGAGUAUUGGAAUGAGACUGAGCCGUUAUUUCACUCACGCUCAGCGCUAAACCGGUUCCAUCGUAAGCUUAAACAACUUAAGCCUUUGCUUAGAGCUUUGAACAGAGAGAGAUAUAGAGAUAUCACAAAGAGAACUAGAGUGUCGUAUGAGGUGCUAUGUGCACGACAGGAAGAUGCUUUACGGAACCCUUGCCCUGACACUUUUCAAGCAGAGCAAGUUGCGUCAGUCGAAUGGCAACACUACGCAGAAGUCGAAGAAAAGUUCUUUCAGCAGAAAUCACACAUAAGUUGGCUUAAACAUAGAGAUCAAAACACGACAGUAUUCCAUCGGCUGUCCAAACCCGAAGGUCCAAGAACUCAAUUCGGAAGUUGGUUAACUCUGCUGGAGAGAUCCUCAUUGAUAUAA